GCCAAUCAGAGGGGUUCUUUUACAAGCGCUGCUUUUGAAUGCCAAUCAAGAUGGCUGCUCGCAGUUGAUAUUUUUGCUCAUGAAACCUGCUCCAAACUUCCGCCCAUUUCCUUGAAUGUGGACUUCUGUUCAUGUUUUUACAACAUGGAUCCACCUCAUCUUUGUGGAGAGCCUUUCAAGGCUACAAAAUUGUGGAAUAUGAUCAUCCGAGAUUUUCGAGCUGGAAUGCCUCUGAAGCGUCAUCGCAAGGGACUACGAGGUCGUCACCAUGACAACUGUUUCACCUCCACAGAGGCAAUAGACUGGCUCCACGAUUACUUGCAGAACUGUGACAGAUUCGGCCCCUGGGUUACCAGGGCACAGACUGUGUCGCUGCUCGAGAAGUUUCUUCACAGCAAGGUCGUACAAGGGGUCAAGGGGUCGACUAAGAGCAGUCCAGUCAAGUUUGAGGACAACGGUGAUCUCUACAAAUUUGUCCCAGUCUCUCCAAUGAAAAAGCUCCGUUCUGCGCUAAGCAGCCGCUCCAACCUCCGCACCGCCCGGACACCACUGAAGACUCUCAACUCGGAGCCUAUGAGCAGGACUCUGUCCUACGACAACCCAGCAUUCAGUGCCCAAGAUGCAGACAGGGAGUCGGCCGGCCAGGGGAAGGGGAAAGGGGGAGGACCUAGCAGGGGACUCCCACAGUGCCGUCUGGUUCAGAGACCCCUGACACCGGCUCAGAGGGAGGAAGUCUGGAAGAGCGCAACUCUUAAUCGGUUACAGAGACUCCUUUGGCUGACUUCCUUAGACGGCCUCCUAGACGCCGGCCUUGUCAGCGCUAAGCACAUCAUGCAUAGCUGUACCCACGUCAGCAGGAACGGUGUGGUCUUGGUGCCCAAGGAUCAGGAUGACCUACCUCACUGGGUGCUAUCGGCAAUGAAGUGCCUGGCCAAUUGGCCCAACAGUCCCGAUUCAGGACUCCCUAACUACCCUGGCUUUGAGAGAGAUGUCUUCAAGACCAUUAGCUCCUACUUCCUGGGCUUAUCUCAACCACUACUGACCUUUCACCUCUAUGAUCUCAUCGUUGAGUCUUUUGUAACCGCUGAGCGCAGAGACAGAGGUCUGUACCCAGGGGCAGAGCCGCUGACCACCCCUCCCCAGACCAUCCAGGGCUUGACCUCUUUCGAGUCUGUCGAGAACCUGAUGCUGAACAUGACCUCAGCAGGAAUGUUUGGGCUCUCACCGGAGCUAGCUGGAGCACCAGAGCGAGCCAGAGGGGCAAUCGAUAGGAAGGGAAGGUUCGCUGAAGAUGCUAUGUCUAAGAGGCUCAAGUUGAUGGACGGAAGGAAGUGGAUUGGUGAUGUGAGAGGGAUACCUCCUAGUACCACUGCAUUCCACAUUGAGGCUGAGGGUGGUCAUGGUUCUUCAGGGAGGAGUAGUGACGCCUUACGCGGAUCUUGUUCUCCACCUUCAAGACGAGGCAAGAGGGGCAUCCAGCGCUCCUCAAGCAUGUCUGUCACAGGUUUCACCAGACCUAACUCAGAUGGAAAUCAACAACCUGUUGACGGAGAUGGGAAGCACUCGUCCAUCCAACCUCAAGGGAUGAGACGCUGUAUAUCAGAACCAACAACAGGAUGUCAAGGAAUUAAACAGAACUAUCCAGUACGAGUGCCAAGAGAAUCUCCACCCAUUACAUCCUCAAACAGAAUGGAGUCCGGCUGGCAGCACAACCAAGAACCUCCAAGGGAGAAUCACGGGUCCAGACAUCAGCAGCAUCUACAUCAACGACACAGACCUCUCUCAGCUCCAGUCCAACAGCGGACACCAAAGUUCCCCUCGGCAUCUAACCUCCACGUCCCUGAGCAUCACCAGCGGGAGAUUCCAGGCCUAGGCGGCAAGUCAAGAAAGUUCACGUCACAGAUCAUAAUCAGUGAUAAAGGUAAAGGAACCUCAUCUAGCACACACAGACCCAUGACAGGUUUUGCAUCAAGUCAGACACGCCCUUCGACUGAAACCAGCAGUAGCUCCAAGGACCUGAACUACGGAUUCCCAUUACAGUAUCCAGACCCAGCUACCAACACUAGACGAGGCUUUGGCUCCAUGAAUGAUAUCGGGAAUGCCUUGAAGUCCAACCAGACGGAAUGCCCACCCAAGGAAACCCACACCCGCAACCUCUUUGUCUCUAAAAGAUUCGGCUCAGCGAGUGAGCUGAUACAGAAGAUCUUCAAGAAGAAGAGUAGCAGCAGGGAAGCCGAUGCUCCAAGACAACCCAUCUCACUCGGUCAUCAACUCAGGGGGUCCACGCCUAACCUGGUCCACCAACAGACCCAACAACCCUCAAACUCCAUUCCAAAUCUUGACAGAGCUACCCCGCCAAAUCCCACGACAGUCACCAACAUCAAUGACAGACAACAAGACAGAAUCAGCCCAUCUUAUCCCCCACCCCUUCGAGCUACCCUCUCCUACUCGGACAUCGGCAGCUCGCGAGAGAACAGCGCCAGCCACACCCCCGAUUCCCACCCGCAGGUCAACGGACUACGCAGUGGCAGUUCUUCAGAUGUGAGGUCAACGGCCAAAGUUGAAAGUUCAGCAGGAUAUCAGAAAAUGAAAAGAAGCGACAGCACAGCAAGCUUGUACCUGAGUGAUGACAAGUCUUACACAGAGGAAGCCUUGAGACUAUGCUGUCUCCUCCUGCCUCCUGUCAACAGACGCAAGCUUCAUCUCCUCUUGAAGCUCAUGACAAAGAUGGAGGCCAACCCUGAACUGGUGCUCAGCAGCCGCAAGACCACCAGACAGCUUGUUCUUGAGACAUUCAGCCGAGCUAUCCUCUGCUCCCAGGAGGAGAUUGACUACAAUGAAACCCUCGCCUCCCGCAUCGUUGAGUAUCUGAUGGAUAACCAUGGCAACGUCUUUACACAGCCCGAGGAGCUCAAGGCUGACAUUCAGGACAGGCUGGUCUAUCUAGGCCGGAGCCAGAUCAAGUACGUAACAGAGACGGAGAACCAGACAGCAACAGCGCCCUCAUACUGCCAGAAGAUGAGCGUGGAGCAAUACGAGGCACAGAAACUGAGCAACUCGCAGCGGGCCGUGGCUGACCUUCUGGAGGUCAUCAUCCGUGAUCACAACAUGCCGGCAAAAGACAAGAAGAAGAAACUCAAACAGUUCCAGAAAACCUAUCCAGACAUUUACGCCCGACGACUGCCCACCACAGCCAGCGAGGCAGAGCUGUUUCCUGAGAAGCCUAAGAUCAAACAGCCCAUGACCAACGUCCGCAAGUCCUUCACCAAACUCAAGUCUCUCAGGUGAUCAGAUCAAUGUCUGUUAACCCUCACCCUAUCUGGACAUCUACGCCUGGCGAUUGCCUACCACAGCCAGCGAGGCAGAGCUGUUUCCUGAGAAGCCUAAGAUCAAACAGCCCAUGACCAACGUCCGCAAGUCCUUCACCAAGCUCAAGUCUCUCAGGUGAUCAGAUCAAUGUCUGUUAACCCUCACCCUAUCUGGACAUCUACGCCCGGCGAUUGCCUACCACAGCUAGCGAGGCAGAGAUGUUUCCUGACAAGCCUAAGAUCAAACAGCCCAUGACUAACGUCCGCAAGUCCUUCACCAAGCUCAAGUCUCUCAGGUGAUCAGAUCAAUGUCUGUUAACCCUCACCCUAUCUGGACAUCUACGCCUGGCGACUGCCUACCAAAGCUAGCGAGGCAAAGCUGUUUCCUGAGAAGCCUAAGAUCAAACAGCCCAUGACCAACGUCCGCAAGUCCUUCACCAAACUCAAGUCUCUCAGGUGAUCAGAUCAAUGUCUGUUAACCCUCACCCUAUCUGGACAUCUACGCCCGGCGACUGCCUACCACAGCUAGUGAGGCAGAGCUGUUUCCUGACAAGCCUAAGAUCAAACAGCCCAUGACUAACGUCCGCAAGUCUGUCACUAAACUCAAGUCUCUCAGGUGAUCAGAUCAAUGUCUGUUAACCCUCACCCUAUCUGGACAUUACGCCUGGCGACUGCCUACCACAGCUAGCGAGGCAGAGCUGUUUCCUGAGAAGACUAAGAUCAAACAGCCCAUGACCAACGUCUCUCAGGUGAUCAUUUGGUAAGGCAUCCCCUGGUCAAGGUAACACAAUGUUUGUAGAAUGCUUGUUGCUGGUUCUCAUUUGACUUCCAGUUUGGAACAUAAAUUUGCUAAUCCAUUUUUGAUAAGUCAGCAUAUCUUGACAAAGAUCAGUAACUCAAAAUCAUCUCUGGUAAAUUGUUUUUAUUUGAUGACGUCGUAUUUUUAAAUGUUGCAUUUCAAUGGCAGGCUAUAAACCUGACUGUUUUAACAUUCUUAAAGACAAAAUCAUUGUUUCAUUCAAUUUACUUUUUAAACUCUUGCCAAUACGUAAUUUUGAUGGAAUCAAGCAGAUGAAUGGUCAGUGUUGAUAUUGAAACAUGAAUUUACCUUCUUUUAAAUUCUUAAUUUUUUAAUCAGUUAUUUUUAAUACAUUUUGAAGCUCUGCAUGGUAGGAGAUGCAGUUCAAGGUUUGUUUUUGUUUCCAAUGUCAAAACUGUUUCAAAGGAAUACAAUUAUUAUUAUUAGGCAAAGCUAGAAACAGAUUGUUUCUGAGGGAACCAUCAGUAUUCCAAGGAGAACCGAAGGUGGUUCUUAAAAGAACCAGAGGUGAUUUGCAGACGCUGUUCUCUUUGUUUUUAUGUUUUUCUUUUUAUUACGAAUUGUUUGUUCACAAAUUGCCCAUUAUUUACAUCCACGCAGCUUUACAUUGAACAUGUUUUAACUUCUUUUUUUUUCUCUUUUUUUUUUGGAGACGGAGUAAUAAUCCUUGUAUUUACUGUAACAUACAUGAAUAGUGAUUGCAUGUAAUUAGUUGAAAUAGGUAUUUUGCUAUUAUUGUUGUAUAUUUUGUAUAGAACAAAACAUGAAGGUUAUGUCAGCCACCAGUAUAAAGGGUUUUGUCUGUUUUCAUUUCUUUUUAGCAUGGCCAAAUAACAUCAGGUAUAUUUUUGAAGGUUUCAAUUUGUUUCCCAAUUAGUUUAAAAUACUUUUUAUAAAUUCCAAUUUUAUUGUUGAUAUUGAUCUUCACAUUUUUUAACAUGUCAUCAGCAUUCAUAGGGGGCUUUUAAAAGGGAAACUAAUUAAUGUUUUUUGAAACAGAACCAUUGUUGCUUUACUUUAAGUAGUUACUUAAACAAAAUCUGGUCGCAUAUUGGAUGAUUUGAAAAUUUUGUCCUACAAAAUAAAGAAACCAUUAUAUAUUCAUUGUUAAAAUCAUUUACCUAACAUGGGGGGUAUUGGGGAAUUAGAAAGGAGAAAAUUAGAAUUCAAUUUAGAAUUCUUUUUUUCUACAUGUACUUCAUUAAAAUACUGGGGCGUUUGCUUUUAUUUUUGUAAUUUUAGCCAUGGUUAUGGACGCCCAUUAUAUAGCCCUUUUAUAUUUACCCAACGUUUUAAUAUUCAGACUAUUGGGAAUGGUAUGAUUUUUUGAUGACAUUUUAAGGUAAAUUUGCUGAAAUUGUACAAAAUGCAUAAAGGAGGUAAUUGUAGGAAGUUAUUGAAGUUGAAAUCUCAAAAUAGUGAUUGCAUGAUCUUAGUGGGAACAGAUGAAUAAACAACUUCGUUACUAGAAAA